AUGUCGAGACAUGCGCGGCGGGUGCGUCUGCUCUUUUUACUCUUCAUCUUCAUCUUCACACUCACUCUCGCUCCGAUUGGUGGUUCGAGUGCUGCUCGCAGAGUUUUGUCAGACGAGGAAAGUCACGACGAUGAUGCGUUUUUAUUGUUGAGCAGACCGGAACGUCUGGAGCGCUUGCGACAGAAAAGACAUCAACAUCGUCACGAUAACAGUCACGAUCAGAAAGUAACAUCGAAGGAACCAUUUGUGAAUGUAGAUGAGUUGCAAUCGAGCGUAGCCGACGACGACGAGAGCAGAAUAGGAAGACGAAGACGCACUUCUCGUCGUUCCUGGCGAAUGGGGGAGGAGGUCAAUGGAGAACAGGGAGAACACAAGAGAAGAAGACACGAAAGAGAGAAUGUUCCGAAGGAAACAGGGCAUCAGAAGUCCGAGCGAGAUAGCAGCGGUGAAGAUGAGAGUACUGCUGACGUCGGAGCUGGUUCAAAAUUACCAGCGGUCCACAUUCUAAACAUACCAGCCGGGGUUGGUCUCGGGCAAAUAGUGGACGCUUUGGUGCCAAUUUUAGAAACACUGAAACACGCCGGUUACGAAAGGUUUGCUGUGCACGAAUGCGGAGGAGAUCCGCCCUGGAAAACUGGUUGGGACAAGUUGGUUUCGUGCGAAGCUAGACCGGAAAGAAAUAACAUUUAUCAUAAUUUUAAGAGAACGUAUGAGAUUGGAGGUAAACAGACUUUGACGCAAGUAGUCGCGGAUUACGAAAAGUACGACCAGAGUGGCGAACUUGAUUUUGUGGAUGGACAUAGAAACGAUUGGAGUAAGAUUCUAAACAGCAAAGAAAUUUAUGGAAAAGCAACUAAGAUACUGAUAAUGCAGAAACUUCAUAACAAGUACAGACCUGAUGAGCAUCUAGCGUGCGAAAACAUGCCAUACUGGUUUGACGAGCCGGUGAACGAUUUGUUGGAGUUGGUGAAGAAGCCGGAGAGUGAAAUGCAUAAAUUGAUUACGUUUCACAUUCGAACGAUGGGAGAUGAGCACAUUGGCAUAGCAUUUAAUGAAGAUUUGACGUUGAACGAAGAUUUGGCGCAGAGUGAGCGCGACAAGCGCAAAUCUGGUGAUAACAGGAUCAAUCGCGUAAAAGCAGCGGCUCUUGAGUUUCCAGAUAUGGUGAAGAAAAUGGUGGAAGUUUGUACAUUAUUAUUCGAAAAGACUGGGAAGAAAACGCACGUGGCUGUAGAUUCCCAAGUUGUUCGCAAUUAUUUGCGAAAGCACGAGAAAUUCAUCCAAGUCACCGAUCCAGAUGUUUUGGAUUUCAACAAGCACUAUAAGGAGGAGCCUUUGUAUUCGUUGAACGAUAUAGCCGAUUGGUAUUUGUUAUCGCUGGGACGAGAGAUCGUUGGAUUUCCAAGUUCAUCGACCUUUAGUUACUCUGCGGCUUGUCGAGGAGCUAGUUCAAUACAUUACACUAAUACGCUGAGGGAAUUGACGAGUAUACUUGAUCGACUUUUAGAAGAUAACGGAGUAGAGAAGUAUAGUAGGGAGGCUGAUGAGAAGUCCAAUCCAUCAAAAGCCCCUCACGCUUCAGUAGUACAUGAUAACAUUCUAAGCACUCGUGCUAAUGAUGCUUCUGUGCCCGAUUUGAUAAGCAGCAAUAGCGAUAGUAAGUGUGUGUAUGGUUAUCCCUCGACGAAUGAAGAGAAUACGUGCAUAUGCAACACAGAUUGGACCGGAGAAAGAUGCGAAGUCGAUCCGAUCCCUUCCUGCGACAGAGAAACAUUUCUUUCGUGUGGCGAUAUUUUGUACCGCUUUGCGCAUUCGCAGGAGCUUCCAGGCUUGAAGGAAACGGUGUUUCCUUCUUGCCAGUGUGCAGACGAAUGCGUUUCACAUUUGCUAAAUGCCUACGGUGAUGCAAUGUACAAGCGCACGUUUUCUACUGAUUACAAGCGCUUCGAUCCAAGUUUACACCUUUGCACGCAAAAUAAUAAAGUAAAACGAACGCUUUUUAUGGAAAUGGAUUAUGAGAAACGAAUUAGUAAGCGUGAGGAAAUGGGAGAAGUAUCGGAUAAUGCCACGCAGGAAGAAAGUCGGAAAGUCAUGACCAAACUCGUAGACUCUAAAGAACAGAAAGCGACGAACUGUUCCCCAGAUUGCGAAAGAUUUGGUGGUGGUUGCGUUGAUUACGAAUGCGUGUUGUGUAAAGAAGGACGUUUUGGCAUGGAUUGUGCUAUGAGUAAAAAAGACUUGGAUUCUGCGCGACUGACCGCGCCGAAGCGAAAAGGCAAAAAGGAGCUUUCCCUUUCCUAUCUUGAUUUACCCGGUACAAUUCGGCGGUUCAUCCGUGGACAGAGCUACCAGAAUCAUGGUGGUUACCGGGGAGUGCAUUAUUUCGAACAUUCUCUCCGUAAAGAUGCUCAAAUAUUCGAUCCAAAUCCGCCUACAAGCGAAACCAGCGACGAGGAGCGCAAAGAUAUUGUCGCCGUGAUCCCUUUUUUCCCUUCUGAUACGGUUGGAAACGUUGGAAUGGCUCAAAUAUACGCUUCGCGGGUUGAAAAAUACGUCAACGAUAAAUUUAUGGGUGACAUAUCCUUUUCUACCAUAUGGUUCAACGCGCAAGAUCGCGGAUUUUGUACAUCACAGAAAUCUCGUAAUGCACUUCCCUCAAGUGCCAUAGGUAUUACGCAAUACGGACAGUGGCGAGUUCAUCCGAACGACGAAACGCCGUGUUUCCGGAGCGAAAUAGAUAUCGUCGUACCCUCCAGCGUCUCUAGUCGGGGUGGAUACUAUGGCGCGCAAGAUCCUGAAUUUAAGAGAUACGACGAAAAGACAAAAGAUGGGUUUCUGCUCUUCUUUGCUGGUUCGGAGAAAAGUAGACCGGAGUGCUUAGGUGAAGAGUUCUUCAAGAAUUUAGAAAAUAACUGCAUGUACUCGUACGGUGGAGGUGCCAGAGGUUGGAUUGUCGAUUGGUUCAAGGACGAAGAGCGAUUUUGGCUCAACAGAAAACUAACACGUUCCAUGGAAAAAGGAGACGCAGAGCAUCAAGCAGAGGCCAUUCGCAUGCGCUCCAAGUUCUGUCUCUCCUCGGGCGGAAACGGAUGGGACCAAAGAUUUAUAGACGGUAUCAGUCGCGGCUGCGUUCCGGUGCUGACGCAGUUGAACACGUCGCAUCCGUUUGAAAUCUUGUUAAACUACGAAUCUUUCACCAUCCGAGCACCAGGUGAGAUGAUGCGAGACUUACCAGAAGUACUCGAGGAUACUGUUUCGAGCGGUAAGUAUGCAAAAAUGCUUCUUAACUUACGAGUCGUUCGCGAAGCUAUAGCUUGGAACGUAACAAACGGACGAGAAGAAAACGACGAAUACGAUACGUUCACAGUAAACAACGGCGCAUAUUACCACACCUUAGCUGCUAUCGCACUGAGAACCAAGAAAAAGUUACCUGAAAGUGUCGCGGAGAAGUUAUGCAAGUUAUACUUUGAAAAUGAGUAUCAUGAAAACGCUUGGAAGGAUGUUUUGAAUGAAGAGUUUAGGCGAGUUCUGGAACCGAGUUGCGAAAAACAAUCGAGGUAG